AUGUUACAGAAAGCCCGUUUCUUGGUGUUCUGGCCGUCCAUCGGAGCCGACCUCCGCGAGAUUCUCGACAAGUGUAUCCCUCGUAGAUCACGUGAUCGAGCGAACACACCACUCCCACUUAAACCAACUGCCGCUCCCCCGCAUCCUUGGCAUACUGUUGGUCUGGACUUCAUACAUCACAACAACGACACACAUCUGUUCAUCAUCGACUACUUCAGCAAAGACUUCCUCAUAAAAAAAAUGACAACAACCACGGCGACGUGUGUCAUCAAGGUCCUUGGAGAAUGGUGGCUCUUACAUUGUUACCCAACAGUCCUAGUCAGUGACAACGGGCCCCCCUACGCCUCCAAGGGAUUCGAAGAUCAACUCAAAAAAUGGGACAUCAAGCGACAACCAAUAUCCCCUGGACAUUCUCAGGCAAACGGUAUGGUCGAAAGACACACACAAAUUAUCAAAAGCACCAUCGCCAAAGCUCAGAUGUCUGGAGCUGACGUCAUGGAAGCUCUUCUGACCUUGCGAACGUCUCCGCUCGCGGACGGGUCCUCUCCGGCCCAGAUAUCCAUGGGGAGAACACUCAGAAGCUCGAUCCCAACCUCCAAUCGCCAGGUAGAAGCCCCAAUAAAAAACGUCUGGGAAAUUCGAAAGCGAACAUUAGGCGAUGCCGCAACCAUCGCAAGGGCACACUUCGAUAAGCGAGCAAGGGAGCUCCCCCCUCUCCAACCGAAUCAGAAAGUAUGGGUUCAAAUCAAAACCAGGCUUUGGAAGAAAGGUACCGUAGGCAGGGUCCUCCACGAUCGCGCCUACGAGGUCAAGAUGUCCGACGGCGCGAUAUUCAGACGAAAUCGCACCGCGUCAAGACCCGACUUUGCCAACGACGCGCGACCAAACCCUAGUGCUACACCCGAGAAUGUAGCCCGCCCGAGAGACCCAAUGCUCAGCACUACGAUGACCAUUCCCGCUGAGGAGCAGCCUAGCAACCCGAAAGCAGCUGAACACGACUCUUCCUACACCAGCACAGAUUCGGAAUCGGAGCAGUCUUUCAACAGCGCAGCACAAAACUCCAGUGAUUCAUCGACGGCCACAAUCCAAGAUCCAGAUACCGACUUGGAUGCUGCGUCAAACAACGAACCAUCCAGAGCACCCGAAAACGCGGCCCAAUCAAGAUACGGAAGAACAUAA